AUGGUUACCAGCGACGGCGCCGGGGCCCGUGCAGCGGCAACAGGGAAAGUCCCAGGCGCGGCAUCCCCUAACGUCGACACGGAAUCGAGACACCCAUGGCACCCCAACUCGCAUAAAGUUGCUGCAACCCCUCAGGCUCCCACGAGGGCAGACCAAAAUGCAUAUGCGCUCGACCAUCUGCACUGUGACAUCAUGCCCAGAGACAGCGCUCGUGCGCUACUCUUGGGUGCUGCUUACUAUGGAGCUAGUCGCGGGUGGCUUGAUCGGUGCCGAUCCCUGCAUCCCACUUGUCAUGGGAUUGCGGGUUUUACAACAGUAUCACGGGGAUGCAUCGCGAGGAUAUGCAUUUACUUCUGCCACUAUGGAGUGGGCGGGGGGCGGGGCAGUGGUAGGCCUAAAGUGGACUUGGGGUCAGGCCCUGCUGCCGGGGCCAAUUGCGAGAGACAAGAGGCUAUGCGCUCCAAAACAGUUAUGAUUAGCGGCGGUAUCGGACGGCUUGAUUAUGCGUUCAUUUACUCCGGGUGCUUUGUCCGCCCGGGACGCUGGGACAUACCCUUGGUUUGGCGCAAGUGA